AAUAGCAAAACCAAUAUUCACAAUGCAAUCUAGAGAGUAAAGAGGGAAGGCAGGUGAAUGGAACUUCGCAUAAAGAGAUGAGGAAUGCCAUUGCGUCAUCUAAGCGGCCGUUAGGCAAUAACAGAGCCCGAAUCUAGAGUCGUAACUCCACCUCCGUCUAACUUGACGGCCACGCCAGUCGAGAAGAAACACCCUAAUUUUCGCUUUUUCUCUCAUCGCCGCACGACUCUACUCUCUCUCUAGAAAUCCCCCAGGCUCCCCCUCUCUCUCCUCCUGCACCGUCAUUUAAAUGCGCUCCCCUCCACUGCCACUGCAUCACAUUACAUUUUCAGAGAGAAAAAUGAGUCUCUCUCACACCAUGACGAUUACAACCCUAGCCCUCGCUCUCUUGUUGGCUCGAGCCGUGGCCGACGAUGGCCCGCUGCCCACACCACCAGGGUUCCCAAACCCGCCCCCCAGUGACCCCUAUGGGUUCAAUGGAAAGUUCAGUCCCUCCAUGGCCGUUAUCGUGGUGGUCCUUAUUAGCGCUUUCUUCUUCAUGGCCUUUUUCAGUCUUUACAUCCGCCAGUGCACCGGUGACGAUUCCACCGUCGCGCCAUGGACCGGCCAGCGCAACGUUGGUGGCGGGCGUUCGCGCCGCAGCCGGGGCCUGGACCCUGCCAUUAUCGAGACCUUUCCUACUCUGGUUUACUCGGUCGUAAAGGGCCUGAAGAUCGGAAAAGGCACUCUCGAGUGUGCGGUCUGCUUAAGUGAAUUCGAAGACGAUGAGUCCCUUCGAUUGAUACCGAAUUGCAGCCAUGUUUUUCAUCCUGAGUGCAUCGACGAGUGGCUCGCUUCUCAUGUUACUUGCCCUCUCUGUCGAGCAAACCUCACUGUUCCUCCUCCCCCUGAUACAAAAUUGCCUGAAAAUUCACCCGACGCUGCAGAAGAUCCAAACCCACCGCCCGAAGAUGAAAUCCCUGUGGUCGAAGAGAUCACCAUCACUAUCGAUCCGCCGGCCCCAAGCGCACCUGAACCCCAACAGAACCGGCCACCGAAGCGUCUGAAUCGCUUCCUGACCAUGAAAUUUCCGAGAUCUAACAAAUUUCAGAGGUCUCAUUCAACAGGUCACUCGCCCGUGGGGCCUGAUCGGUACGAGCGACACACUCUGAGAUUGCCUGAAAAUGUGAGGAAACAAAUAGUGAAAGGGAAGCUCAACAGAACCAUAAGCUGUGUGGCGUUCCCAACCGAGAGCGGAUCAGUUGCAGGGAGCUCUCAUGGCGGUCGUAGAAUUGGAGAAGGAAGUAGCAGAGGGGGUAGGAGUUUGAGGAGAAACAAACCUGGGGAAGGUAGUAGCAGAGGAGGGGGAUGGAGCUUCUCCGAACGGUGGACGUUUUCGAUGACGCCACCGUUCCUCUCCAGAGCCUUAUCAUUCGGCCCGCCGAGGGACGGGGCCGAGCAGUCCAGAUCAAAUUCCCAGGCCCAAUCAUUGCCUUCGUAUCUGCGUAUAGGCGAGACGAAGGAAGCGGCGCUGCCGGUUCGAGCGGAGCCAUAGGAAGAAACCGGGGUUCCAGACAUAGGUGGUUUCAACAGCCGCAAAGGUUAAAGGCGGUUUUCCCAUAUGAGGAAACGGUGGUUUUCGUCAAAAGAGAAAGGGUCUUUGGAAAUGGUGGUUUAGGGUGUGGAAUCGAUUGUUCCGCGGUUUUGGCCAGAUUCUGGAAGACUAGAAAUUUGUUAAUAAUUAAAUGGGAUUAUGGGAGUCUUAUUUUUUUAGGAAAUCCGGAUUCGAUUUGGGUUGGCCUUAUUUAUUUGUACAGCACAAAGAACAAGAGUUGCUUUUUAAGAGAGAGGGAGUAAAAGAGGUUCCUAAGCCCUUAAUCCCUUUUUUCUCUUCGUUUUUGUUUGUUUGUUGAUGUGUUAGAGAUGUAAAUGAAGAAAGAAUGCUUGGGCUUGGAUGCUU